CACGCGGAAAGCUUUUCAUGUGCCUUUUUCCUCUCGGCUGCCGCAUCCUUCCCACACUUCGGCCCAGCACACCACCAUGCCUCGCGUGACAAACCCCAUCCUGCCUGGUGGCAUCGAGCGCUAUGGCCGCUCCGUUCAGGACAAGCGCAGGCGCAGGUGGAAGGUCAAGAAGACCACCGUCAAGCCCGCCAAGGUCCAGAAGCCCAAGACGAAGCAGGUUCCAGUUGGCGGUGAGAAGAACGGCGGCAAGCGCGUCGUUCCUGUGCACCACUCCCCCCGCUUUGUUUCUGUUGACCAGCCCAAGCGCCCCAUCGGCUACAAGGUCGGCCGCAAGAACCGCCCCGCCAAGAUCCGCCAGUCCCUGACCCCAGGCACUGUUGUCAUCAUGGUUGCCGGUCCCUUCCGCGGCAAGCGCGUCGUCAUGCUCAAGGCCCUUCCCUCUGGCCUCCUCCUCGUCAGCGGCCCCAUGUCCAUCAACGGUGUCCCGCUGCGUCGCGUCAACCCCGCCUUCGUCAUCGCCACAUCCACAAAGGUCGAUCUCACCGGCCUUGAGGUCCCCGAGUGCGUGAACGACGAGAUGUUCAAGCGCAACGUCAAGGGCAAGGCAAAGAAGCCCGAGUUCUUCGGCGACAAGAAGAACAAGUACGGCGAGAGGCAGAUCAAGCUUCCCCAGGAGCGUGUGGAGGCACAGAAGGUCGUUGACCGCUUCCUUGUCACCAAGGUGAAGCAGACCCCACUCCUCAAGCGGUACCUUGGUGCCAAGUUCACACUUGAGAAGAACCUCUUCCCCCACGCCAUCAAGUUCUGAGGUGUCUGUUGAUUGUGUGCUACUUGUUUCCCCCUCGUCGACCCUCUGACUGUCGCUUCCGUGUCGGUUUCCCAUUUUCCUUUUGCGGGCUGGUCGCGGCUCAGAGUAAAACAGAAAUCCUUACCACCA